CUAGCUCCCUAUGCCAUCCACUUGGCUAUGGUGAUUGCUGUUGCUGUUUAUGUGGUCGCUGGUGCUUUUGCAAUACGGGAAAUCGAAGCUAUCCCUCGCCAUGAUCCUGAGACAAGUCGGCCUAAACGAGAAGCUCAUGAGAUACGUCAUAGUUCAUUAAAUCGAACACGAAAAUGCGUCCUAGCCGCAUUGCAACGACUUGGUGCUGUGUCAAAUUGCUCCCAGCACCUUGAUUCUACACAUUUGUCCUGGCUUGAUGAGUGUUAUCGUCAUGAGGACCAUCGACGGAUCGCAACCGAUACGUCAAGUGAGGAAGAUAAAAAAGCUGGUGGUGGAAAGAACGGAGAUGGAAAGGAAUAUGAAUAUUGGACACUUAUGGACUCCGUGCUGUUCUGCUACACGGUCAUCACCACGAUCGGUUACGGUAAUGUCGCUCCGCGUACCUUCAAUGGUCGAAUUUUUGUGAUACUUUACGGACUGGUUGGAGUGCCAUUUACGAUGUUGGCGAUUGCCAACUUGGGCAAAUUUUUGGCUACCAUACUGAAAUCUUGGACUCGGCCAUUCGUGAAGUGUGCAAGACGAUUGCGAAGGCGUCUUUGUAAGCCGAAGUACACAGCAAAAGAAAAGCAACGUCUUAUGGAGCGAGAGUCGAGGAAAUCAGUCAAAGUCGGUUUUUAG